AUGCAGGAGAAAGAAGGUAUUCUCUCUGAGAGAGCUGAGGAGCCAAAGCUGAAGUCCAAGUACCCGAGCCUAGGACAAGAGCCUGGAGGCUCCGGCUUCGUCAUGAAGAGAUUUCAGAAAGGGAAAAGAUACUUUGACUCAGGAAACUACAACAUGUCCAAAGCCAAGAUGAAGAAUAAGCAACUGCCUAGUGCAAAACCGGACAAGAAUCUGGGAACCGGUGGCCACAUCCAUGCCACAGGAUCUGCCCCAGAGAAAGUCCUUGGUUAUCACCAGUAA